AUGUCUUGCUCCGUUGGGGCGGUUGAAGCGGCCCUGCCGGGCCGUGGAAUCAGGUUUACGGAGUCGACUACACAGGAAUACCAGCUUGUUUUGCCUCAGCUGCCUUCAGGUAUGACGGUUUCUAAGACAGUGUUUUUGCACGGAGACUUAAAAGCAAGACCGUAUCGCGUAGAACAUUUUCGCGAUGCGCUUGUCAGAGUACAGCUUAUGCCGGAAGUGCUGGCCCUUGGGGCCUAUCAAAUGAAUCAUGUGUGGGCGAUAACCUUCAAGGAUGAAGACGCAAAGAAAAAGACACUUUCCCUCGAGGCGUUCAGCGUCAAGGAGCACCGGUGCGUUGUUAUUGACCCAUGCAAACAGGAUGUGCGGAUGAAGCUUCACUGGCUCCUGCGCACCACGCCCGACGACGAAGUUCGAACGGCUUUGGCACCUUUUGGCAAAGUUAUUGAAAUUUCCAAAGAGAAGUGGCGUGUCUCAGGCUGUUACGAGAAGGGCUCGCACACACGUUUGGUGUCCUUGCGCCUGAAGUCCGGUUUGACUGUCGAAGACCUGCCGCACCAGUUGCGCAUAGGCGAAGACAACGCACUUGUAUUCGUAUCUGGUAGAGCGCCGCUCUGCCUCCGGUGCCACGGCACCGGUCACAUACGGCGCGAGUGCCGGGUACCGCGCUGCGGUGCCUGCCGUCGCUAUGGCCACGAGGAGAGCCAGUGUGUACGCAGCUAUGCCAACGUAACCGGAACAGGUGGAAGCGACAUUGUGCAAGAGCACGUUAUGGACCAGGCCGACGCCGAAGAAGCUUCUGCGGGAAGUGGGCAUAAGGCGAGCAGGCAAGAGAACCCGCCUGUAGCGUCUUCUGAAAAGGACAAAGAAGCAAGAACGGAGGAUGAAAAACGACAACCGGCCCACCCAAGCACACCCGAAAGUACUCCCGAAAUGGAAACAAAUCUCGGAGGUGGCGCAUCGGCUUCGCAGAAUGACUCGGAGAACGAGGCACUCCCGAAAAGUGAAAAAGGAAGUCAACCUGCAACAGCCGUUACUAAGAGACCUCAUGAGAAGGUGGCUAGCGACGAGGAUUACUCCGACCCAGCGAGCGCUGUGGGACCACCACCGCUGAAGUCAACGACCACUCGUAGGAGCAGCUUCAAGCCCAAGCCGACGGUCCCACCAGACCGGUUGCAAGGGCCGCAAGUGCCUCCGCGUUAG